CGGCUUGCCGUGGAAGACUAUAUGCCAGCAUUGUGCUUGGCAACUGUUACCUAGUGACAGAAUCAGCUGCAGUAGCCAUUGGCUGUACUUUUGAUUGAGGGUGAAGGACCAAGUCACCUUUUGGAUGGUGAGUUUUUCUGCAUCAGCUCAGGGUGAAGAGGAGGGGCAGACUUCGGUGCAAGCAGGAAUAUCACAGGCAAGUGCAUGAGAAAUAGCAAGAGCAUCCUGGAAACUGAUCACAGCAAGCAGGAUUUAUCUGUACUACAGUCUUGGACAAAGCAAAAUGUAUAUGCACAAGGCAUCGACAUACUGAUUUGGCAAGACAAUUAAUUUUGUAAAUGAUUGAACCGUUUACUGAUAAAUGAAUACUGGACAAGAUGUGAUGGAUGUUAGAAAAAAAUAUAAAAACCUUCUGCAUACUAUGGUGAUGGUGAACAUGAGACAUUAAAGUUAAAGAUGAAUGCUUGCUGCAGAAGAACCAGAGAAUACCUUUUCUUUUGCAUGUAAGGAAUAUCUCUUCAGAAAAUACAGCAAGGAGUACUAAGCAGCGCCUGUGAGAUUCCAGCACUCUAAACAAGGAAAGAAAAAGAGCCCCGAGUGAUGAUUGAGUGAUGAUACAAUUGAAAUGACCUUUUUUUCAGAUUUGGAUUGAUUAAUUGCCUCCUGCAUCUUUAAAGGAUUAAAGAUGCAUUUGCUUUGGGUGUGGAUAGUGGGUGGGUUACAAAGCGAGACUGCUGCAUAUACCGAAGGAGAUUCAUUCAGUAAUCAAAUACCUGCUCAUUAGUGAGCUUUGAGAGAGCUUUCUUAAACAAUAGAUCUAUCACAACUACAAAUGUAAUGGGAGCAUCAAUAUUUUGUUGAUUAGAUAGAGAGGUGGGUUUUGUUUUGAUGCAGAUGGCUAUUAUUUUAAUUGUCUAAGCAACUGAGAAAAUAUAGCUUGAAGCCUAAUGGACUAUUAGUCACAGCUUUUCCUGUUAAAUCAACAUUGCAUUAUCUUCUUGGAAGAAAUUUGAUGGAAGUCAAUCAUUUUAUUUUGUUGGUGCAUAUGAAAAGCUUUGGACGUUGCUAUAGAGGUGAGAAAUAGCAUGGAUGUUGCUAUGAACUUCACUUUAUUGAUCUCCUGCAGUUGCAUUUAUAACUGUAUUUCUAAAGACAAUAGUUUCAUUUUAUCAUUCCUGGAAUUCAAUGCAAUACAGUUUGAUGUUUUGUGAGAACCUUGGAUUUAUCCUGCUGACAUUUUAAAACAGUAAUGAAUAUUUCAAGCUGAAUUGGCUGUUGCCGGAACAUCAACGUCAUGCCUUUGUGUGCCUUUUCUUGUUAUUAACUAACUGGAGAAAUUGAAGAGAUGGCUUUGUUCGCUGCAAAUUAAUCACUGUUCUGACACAUUUAUUUAUGACACCAAAAUGCUUGCUUGCAUUAAUAUGGCCAGAAUUAUACCAUUGCUAAUGCAGAAUAAGUAAAGAUUGCAGAAAUUAUAUUACCACCUGCAGAGAACCAAAAGAUGGAGUAUGUUAGAAGAAAGAUCUUACUGGACUUUUUAAUUAUUAUUUUCUUCAACUUUGUUUUCUAACAAUGCUUGAAAAAACAUUGCAAAUGGAACCCACCUUAUUCUUUCCUUUAAAAAUAUAUCUCUAGGAAAAUGCACUUCUAGAGAUUUUUAUUGCAAUGCUUGGGUUUUGCUUCUUUACUUCUGUUAUUUCUGUGUUUUCAAAAAUAUAAUUGGAAUGACCUGCUUGGGAGAAAAGUGCUUUGCCUUUUUCUGAAGAAGAAAGUGCAGGAAGAAACUGAAUAGUAGCCUUUUUGCUUCUUUUCUGCAUUGUAAUCUUAACCCAUCGGAAACAGUUCUAGGUCCACACAGAGAUAUGUUUCAAGACAAAAUUUACAGAUGAAUGACGAAUCACAUAACUACUGGAGUUCUGACCACAUUGUUAUGUAAUACAAAUCAUGAACCGGUCCACAUGGAUUGAGUGGAAGACUCUGAAUACGACUAGUAGCGCUGGGAAUGUGUCUGAUCACCACACCUGCCCUUUUGGAUUUGGCCAAUACAAUCCCAUUGACAUCUGUGUUCUUGAAACUAUUAUUAUUGUCUUGUUAACAUUUUUAAUUAUUGCCGGUAAUUUGACAGUAAUUUGUGUCUUUCACUGUGCUCCAUUGUUACACCAUUAUACCACCAGCUAUUUCAUUCAAACUAUGGCAUAUGCUGAUCUUUUUGUUGGAGUUAGCUGCUUGGUUCCUACUUUGUCAUUGCUUCACUACUCUACAGGUGUUCAUGAGUCAUUGACUUGUCAGAUUUUUGGAUAUAUCAUCUCUGUACUAAAAAGUGUUUCUAUGGCCUGCCUUGCUUUCAUUAGUGUGGAUCGUUACCUUGCUAUCACGAAACCACUUUCUUAUAAUCAGUUGGUCACACCUUGCCGACUGAGAAUUUGCAUCAUUUUGAUUUGGCUUUACUCUUGCCUUAUCUUCCUGCCUUCCUUUUUUGGCUGGGGAAAGCCAGGUUAUCAUGGAGACAUUUUUGAAUGGUGUGCAGCCUCAUGGCUAACGAAUGCUUACUUUACUGGCUUUAUUGUAUGCUUACUGUAUGCUCCAGCUGCUUUCAUAAUCUGCUUUACUUAUUUUCACAUAUUUAAAAUUUGCCGGCAGCACACCAAAGAGAUCAAUGACAGGAGAGCUCGUUUUCCUAUUCAUGAAGUGGAUACUGCUGCAGAAAAUGGGCAUAGUCCAGAUCGGCGCUAUGCUAUGGUUUUAUUUCGUAUAACCAGUGUAUUUUAUGUGUUGUGGCUACCAUACAUCAUCUAUUUUAUGCUAGAGAGCUCUAGGGUGCUGGACAAUCCAGCACUUUCUUUUUUAACAACGUGGCUUGCUAUAAGCAAUAGCUUUUGCAACUGUGUUAUAUAUAGCCUCUCAAAUAGCGUUUUCAGGUUGGGACUUUGGAGAUUGUCAGAGACAUUGUGUUCAUCCUGUAUAUGUAAAAAGGACAGUAUUGUUCAAGAUCCAGUUCCUAGAAAACGGGCAAACUCCUGCUCCAUCUGAGAACUAAGACUGUCAAUCAAAUACAAUUGGCUAUAUAAGCUACGCAGUAUUUCAUAUUUUGCAAUGUUGCCAAAACAAAAAUGCAACAAAUACCUAUUCUCUGUAAAUUGUAUUAUGGUUUGAAAAUGACUUGCAAGGGCAUGUGUUGUUUUAAGGAUGAAUUAUUGAAGAAUACUGACAUUGUUAGAAAUUGAUUUUGGGUAAAAUGUUUGUGUAUGAAUGAGACUAAUAAAUAUAAGGGGAUGCUUCAGCAGAAUAAAUUAAACAGUUCAGAGCUGAGUAAUAAUAGCAAAAUUGUCACAUAUUAUAUAUGUGGAUGAAUAUGUAGUAAUCUGUUGUAUUAAGAUACAUUUUGUUUAAAGAAGUAAUUUAUGAUAUAUCACCUAUGUUUUAGUAGAUAUAAAAUAAAUGUUUUAGUAUAAGACA